AAAAAUUCCCAAGGCUGGCCACAGUAAAGGUAGAUGAUGUCUAUGUAAUAAUGGAAAAGAAGAGUUGGAAAAGACCCCAGCAGGCGUGUGGCCUAGCCUUCCUACAUCUGACACAUGUAUGAUCUAGCUCAGUGUCUUGCCAUUCUCCUGGGGACCUGAGUGUUAGACGUAAUUGGAGGUCAAGUCUCAGCCAUGCAGCGUCCCCUUGCCUUAAACCAUCAGUGGCCCCUGAGCUUCCUCACUCUCCCCCGAUUCAGUAUUCCCUGACCAGUGGGCUCCCUAGGGCUACUGGAAUCCUACAUCUGCUUGAAAGUCUAUUCAAAUGGUUUCAGCUACAUAUAUCCUUCCCUAUCUGCCCUCCCUUCUUGCUUCCCACCAAAAAACCUUGAACCAAAAAAAAAAAAAAAAAAAAGAAAAAAAAAAAGAAAACCCUACCCAUUCACACUUCUUCCCAGAACAUAGUUGCAUCAUAGAGGUUUGGCUGUCCAUUGUGUGCUGUGUGUACUCCUCAUACCCUCCUACAUCUGUGAGUCUGUCAAGAACUGUGAGAACUAUGUCUGGAACAGUGGCCCUGCUGAUGGUGCCAGCUUCCUGAACAGCUCAUGUUCAGAAAGGCAGGUGGUGAGGGCACCAGUGAUGGGGGUGUAGGGAAGAGGGAGGCAGGAUUGGAAAAGAGAUGGAGAAUUUAUGGAUGCAAAGAUAGGUGGAUGGACAGAUGGCAGCAGAUGUUGGGUGCAUGGGAGCAGAUGUUGGAUGGUUGGAUGGGUAGAUAGAUGGGUGAGUGAAUGGAUGAUGAGUAAGCAAGUAGGUGGAUGAGUGCAUAGGUGGGUAGACGGAUGGGAGAACCUGGGUCCUGGUCCUGAUUUUGCCAUUAACUUGCUAUGUGAUCUUGGGCCAGUCACUCCCCCUUCUGUUUCUUCAUUUGUAACAUGAGAGGAUUGGAUUUAAUAAUCUCCAUGACUUCUCCCAGAUUUGAUUGGACAGUUGAUGACUGAAAGCUUUUAGGGGAUGCUAAUGAUGCGAAGGCCCAAGACAGUGAAGGGGAGAAGUUCAGUGACCCACGUGAAGGCACACAGCAAAUCAGUGGACCAGGACACCAGGAACACAGGGCUCAGCUUGUGUCUGUGCCUUGGAUUUACAUCUGCCCCCACCCUCCUACUAUACCUCCUGCCCCAGCGCCCAUGAUGUGGGUUAUGAUUCCAAUGACUUCUCUUCCAGGGGCUAAAAGAAGGGUUCUAAGCUGUCUUGAGUCAUGGCUUCUUCAAAGCUCCGAGAACCCGUGGAUGAGGUUUUUGACCUGGACUUGGCUGUGCCAGAGACGGCCAGACUGGACAGCAGUUUACACAAGGCCCGGGCCCAACUAUUGGCCAAGGGCCGGAGACACCGGCCGUCCCGCUCCAGGCUUCGAGACAGUGCCAGCUCCGCAGAGGAUGGUGAAGGCUCCGACGGGCCCGGAGGCAAGGUGACCGACGGCUGCGGGAGCCCCCUGCACCGGCUGCGCUCGCCUUUGCACUCAGGCCCGGGGUCCCCGGCCGGGGGCUCUUUCUGCCUGGAUCCUCCGGGGUUGCGGCGCAGCCUGGACGAGGACGAGCCGCCGCCUUCGCCGCUCACGCGCUACCGGCCCCUGCACAACGCUACCUCGCACGAGGGCCUGGCCGCCGCCUCCUGCUCUCCGCCGCGCUCCGCGCCCUCCUCCGACAGCUCCCCCAGCUUCGUGCGCCGCCACCCGCGCGCAGAGCCGCACAGCGAAGAUGACAGCCAUGACGCCAGUCCUCCCGAGCCCGCCAGCCCCACCAUCGGCCUGGAUAAGAAGACCCGCCGAAAGUUCCUGGACCUGGGGGUCACCCUGCGCCGAGCAUCCACAGGCAAGAGCCGGAAGGAGAAAGGCAGCAACCGCCUGUCCAUGGGCAGCAGGGAGUCAGUGGAGGGGUCCGGCAGGUCAGGGGUCUCCCCGUUCCUGCCUUUUUCCUGGUUCACAGACAGCGGCAAGGGCUCAGCAUCCUCGGGUAGCACCACCUCCCCUGCCUGCUCCCCUAAACACGAGGGCUUCAGCCCUAAGAAGUCAGCUUCCCAGGAAUCCACCCUGAGUGAUGACUCCACGCCCCCCAGCAGCAGCCCCAAGAUUCCCAGUGGGCCCCGGCAGGAGGUCAAAUGUUCUUACCCCUACCACACGCUGUCUCAGUCUUCAGAUGAGUUCCUGGAUGAACCCCUCCCCCCUGUCCACCAUUGGACCAGCCAGCAGGUGGGCCAGUGGCUGCAGAGCCUCAACCUGGAACAGUAUGCUGCCGAGUUUGCUGCACGGCAGGUAGACGGGCCACAGCUGCUGCAGUUGGAUGGAAGCAAACUAAAGAGCCUGGGGCUCAGCAACUCGCAUGACCGGGCACUGGUGAAGCGCAAGUUGAAGGAGCUGGCAGCGGCGGCCGAGAAGGAGCGCAAGGCCCAGGAGAAGGCUGCACGGCAGCGGGAGAAGCUCCGGCGCCGAGAGCAGGAGACCAAGAAGAGCUAGGGGAGGGUGCACAGGCGCUGGCGGCCGCUGGCUCAGCGGGCACAGGCCUCACCAGGGAGGCUGGGCCUGGGCGCCGCGCUUGGGCUAGCCUGGUCCCACGAUCAAGGGCGGACAUGCCCUCUCUUACCCUGUCACUUGGUCUAGACCCAGAGCCCCCAGAAAGGGAGACCCUAGGGAGAGGGCCUAGUAAUAAAUCCUAUUUUGAGGACUUGUUUGGCACAGAAUUCCUGGGGGAGGAGCAGAUGAAGGGGAGAGGGCAGAGAGGCCAGGGCCGAGGCAAGUCUGGGAGCCUGGGUCAGGCUGUCCCACUGCCCUCAGGCCACCGUGCUGCUGGGGUAGAGGGGAGCUAGGAGGCCUGCCUGCCUGCUUGCCUGCCAGAGGCCCUGAGGCUGGGCCCCAGGGCUCAGAGCUGGGCUGGGCAUUUCAGCAGAAGUAGGUGUGGGAGCUGCUCCUCUCCACUCUCCCAGGGGGCUGUGUGGUGGUAGAGCUCUGUCCUGCUCCCCUGAGAGGCCAGUGGCCGCUGCACCAAGUUGCACUCAGGGUAGACUCCCAGCCAAACUCCUCAACAGGAGAGCAGAGAAAGCAGCCUGGGGCGAGUGCGGUCUUUGCCAGGACUCAAGAGGGGAAGAUGAACACCCCCUUCUCCCACUCCCCUCCUCUGUCCUGUGGGUUCCAGGGGGCGAGAUGACAUCCACACAGGUCUGCCUCUCAGGGCCCAUUCAAAACCUGGUCUUUGACCCAUUCUCCAAGCCAGGACUCCCUUCACUUUCUGCUGCUUCCUCAGAGGGCACCUGAGCCCUCUUUGGGAGCUGAGCAAACAGGAGCUGAUAGGGACAGAGGACACCACUUCCACCAGCCAAAGCCUAGGAGCUGCUGACCUGGUCAGCUGUCACCCCAGCCAGGCAGAGGGGCAAAACCUGGGGGUCCCUGGCAGCUGCGAGAUUGGAAAGGUUCCUCAGCACUCCAUCUGCCCCAGGCAUUGUCAGGGAAUCAGUGGGCUCAGAACUGGCAGGCGGUGCAAGCUCUGCUUCGCUAGGCCACACUGAGGGCUGGGGCGAGCUCCCUGGAUGGGGGUGGAGUCUACCAGCAGCCUCGGGACAGCAUGUGUCCUUUUUAGGAAAUGUCCUUGGAGGAAGUGUCCAUGUGUGGCGCUGGUCAGCAGCUAGCCCCGCUUCCAGGACACUAGUCAGAGUUACCGAUGGGGCCGGGGGGCUCCUGCUUGGAAACCCCUCCAGUUCCUCCCAUCUGCCCAGAGCGACGGAUGGCACCAAUGCAUGCUGGCUCCCUCAUUCCUGCCCAGGGGCUGUGGCUUACAGCCAGCACCCUGUACCUGGGACUCAGUCCUUAUCCCCCCUCUGCUAUCUGUGCUGGGAGAGGGGCUUCGGAGGGAAACAGAUAUGAGGACACUGGCACCAUCUGGGCCUGGUGGCAGGGCCAUGGGAGGUUGGAAUGCACCCACGUCCUUAAAGCCAUCAGUAGCUACAGUGGGUGCCCACCUGCAUGCGAAGGGGAGGCAGUUCUCAAUUUAUUUCAAUAAACACUUAUGAUGUGCCAGUGA